CUGCACUACGGGACCCUCCUGGGCAGCAGAGCUUGUGCCCACAUGGCAGCAGCUGCCUGGGCCAGUGCAUUUCUCAAUGCUCUGCUGCUCACGGCCAAUACAUUUUCCCUGCCCCUGUGCCAGGGCAAUGCCCUGAGCCAGUUCUUCUGUGAAAUUCACCAGAUCCUCAAGCUCUCCUGCUUACAUAUCAGCCUCAGGGAACUGGGGGUCAUUGCAGUCAGUACCUGUUUGGUACUUGGCUGUUUUGUGUUCAUUGUUUUCUCCUAUGUGCAGAUCUUCAGGGCUGUGCUGAGGAUCCCCUCUGAGCAGGGACAGCACAAAGCCUUUUCCACCUGCCUCCCUCACUUGGCUGUUGUUUCUCUGUUUGUCAGCACUGCAGCCUUUGCUUAUCUGAAGCCCCCCUCCAUCUCCCCCCCAUCCCUGGAUCUGGCCCUGUCAGUUCUCUACUCAGUGGUGACUCCAACCCUGAACCCCCUCAUCUACAUGUCACAAUGGACCAAUGCUGACAUCAGCAAUGUCACAAUGGAGCUUUGGUUCCAUGCCGCCCUGCAGUGUCACAAAGGCCUCUUGGUUUCAUGA